AUGAACAAUUUUAUAAAACCACUGUUCGCAACCUUACUGUUAUUACUAUCAGUAGCACGUUUGCCAGCUUUAGUUCAAGCCGAUAAAAAAACUUUAAACCAAAAUAAUGGCGAAGUAUGUAGUGGUAUGUACUCAAAAGAAGAUUGGGGUGGUAAAGUAGAUCCAUUCAUUUCUUUCAACCUACAAAAAACUUCCAACGAUGAUGAAGAUAUAAGUGUAAUUAUAUUUGAUUACGAGGACUAUCUCCACAUUGGUAAGGAAAUACCUGGUACUAAUGGUGAACUAAAAUAUAUUUGUGAUGACUAUGCUGUUGAUUUAGGGUUAUGUGACUCAGAUGAUAAAGGUAAUUUCUUAAUUGAAGAAGCACCAGUUUACAAUCCAGACACUGAUGAAAAUACCACUCUGUCAGCUGAAAUUUAUACCUUCCAUCAAUCAAAAACUGGCUUACAUGAAGUCAAGUAUCAAGUCAAGAAAACUGGCUAUUAUUGUGUCGACACUUUUUCCGCUGACGGUGACGAUAAUCUAAAAUAUUCUUCAGUUGUUAAUUUUAGAAACGCCUUUGGCCAUUUACCCGCUAGUGAAAUUAACAAAUUACCAUUAUACGGGAUAUUGGCUGUAGCCUAUGCAGUGGCUAUGUUUUUGUAUUUAUUUGCAUUUUGGAAGCAUAGACAUGAGUUAUUACCAUUGCAAAAGUACCUAUUGGGCUUUUUCGUGUUUUUAACGGCCGAAACGAUUUUUGUCUGGGCCUAUUAUGACAUUAGAAAUGAAACAGGUAACGGUGCUGGUGCCAAAGCCUAUAUGGUUUUUUUAUCAUUAUUCAGUGCUGGGAAAAUAUCUUUUAGUUUUUUCUUAGUUCUGAUUAUUGCGUUGGGUUACGGUGUUGUUUUCCCCAAAUUAAACAAGAAGUUAAUGUUAAGAUGCCAAUUGUUUACUAUCUUUACCUAUGCCUGGAUUUUUGCUUAUUUGAUUCAAAAUUAUUUGACCCCAAGUGACGACACCAGUUUAAAACCCUUGAUUACGUUUUUCCCUGCCUGUUUCUGUUUGUUUGUUUUUUACCUAACUAUUAUUAAAUCACUAUCUUCUACGUUGGCGUUUUUAAAUGAGCAAAAACAAGUUGUUAAAUUACAAAUGUACAAGAAAUUAUUGAAUAUAAUUGUGUUUUCAUUAGUUAUCAUUCUUAUCUUUUUGGUCAUCACCUCAUUUGUAGUAUUUGGAAUGUCAAGCACUCAAUUAGUGGAACAACAUUGGAAAACCAGAUUCUUUUUUGUUGAUUUCUGGCCAAGCAUUAUAUAUUUCAUUGUUUUCGUUUCUAUCGCCUUUAUUUGGAGACCAACUUCCACAUCUUACAUGUUGGCCUGUUCUCAACAGUUACCUACAGACCCAGAAAACAUAGCUGAUUUUGAUUUGGAUGAUUUGCAUUCACUAGAACAAGAAUUCAAUGAUAUUGAUGACGAUGCCAAUGUUGUCGAGGAUGAUCUUGAUGAUAACCCAUUUAGAGAUCCUGUAGAUGAUGAAAAUGUUCACAAUGUUGGUAAUAAACGUGAUGAUGAAUCUAAGAAAUAA